AUGAGUGAAAAUAGAGUCAAUGAUAUUAAAAAACUAAUUGAAUUUUAUUUUAGUGACUCAAACCUUAGGAAAGAUAAAUUUUUAUUUAAUUUAAUCCAAACCAAUCAAAAUGAUGGAUGGAUUGAUUUAUCAAUAAUAUUAGAAUUUCAAAAGAUUAAAUCUGUUAUCAAUGAAAAUUCAUUAACAGAGCAAGAAUUGGAACAAGUUUUUAAAGAUAGUAAAUUAUUAAUAUUAAAUCAAGAUAAAAAUAAAAUUAAAAGGAUUGAAUGGCCAAUUAAAGAGUUAACACAAUUAGAAAUUAAAGAAAUUGAUGAAAAAACAAUUUAUAUUGAACCAAUUACAAAUAAAAUUUCAACUCCUGAUUUAAUUAGAAAAUUAUUAUUAUUAGAACAAAAAAUUGAAAAUGAUAAUAAUAAUAAUAAUGAAUUAAUUCAACAUAUUUCAAUACCAAAAUUUUCAGAUAAAACAUUAAAAGGAUUUGCAUUUGUAGAAUUUUCAAAUAAAGAUAUUGCAAAUCAAACUAUAAGAAAUAUUGAUUUAAAUCCAAGUAAAUAUGAAAAUUUAAUUGCAUUAUCAAAAUUUGAAUGGUCAGAAAAGAAAAAAAAAUUCUCUUAUUUAAAUAAUCCAUCCAGAUAUUUGAAAAUUUCAAAUAUUCCAACAAUUAUUCAAACUAAUUAUAAAAAUAAUAAUAAUAAUAAUAAUAAUAAUAAUAAUAAUAAUAAAAAUGAUGGUGGUGAUGAUGAUGAUGAUGAUGAUGAGGAUGAUGAUGAUGAAUUAAUAGUAAUAGAUUCUACAAAUGAUAAAAGUUGUACUAAAAUAUUAAAAAUGAAUAAACCAUGUCUUUGGAAGUUUUUUGAUGAACAAACUAGUAUAACUGUAUCAUUUUUAGAUUAUAUAAGUGGUUCUGAUAAAGCAAUUUUAAAGUUUUCAUCACAAUUAGAUAUUCAAAAUGCAAUUGACCAAUUUCAAUUAGGUGAAAUUAAACUUUACAAUAAUAUUUUAAACAUCAUCCAUCUAUCCGAUUCUGAAAUUAAUUCAUUAAAACAAAGAACUCAAUCACAUGAAAAAUCAAAAUUUGGAAAUCAAAAAAAUAAUAAUAAUAAUAAUAAUAAUAAUAAAAAUUAUAAUAAAAGAAAGAGGGAUUGA